AUGGCUCCACGGUCCCGAUGACGAAGGCACAAGAAACUCCCCUCAUCAGUGGCUCCCGUGGUUGUGACCCCACCCACAGUUGUGACUCCUGUGCCUCUGACCCUCUCAAAACCUGGCCCUAGCAUUGAUACACUUGGCUUCUUCUCCUUGGAGAAUAAUGUUCCUGGCCUGUCCCAGCUGAUCCCAAAACUGAAUAUGAAAAGCUAUGAAGAAUACAAGUUGGUGCUAGAUGGGGAUACUCCUGUAUCAGGCUUUGGAUAUAGAUGCCUUCAAGAAAUGUUCCAGAAGAUGGAGGACACAUUCCGAUUCUGUGCUCACUGUAAAGUACUCCCUAGUGGCCUUUCAAACUCCAGGGUCCUCCAGCAUUCUCUCAGGUGCAGGAGUGUCUAUUACUGUGGUCCAGAGUGCCAGAGGUCAGACUGGCCAGCGCACAGGAGGGUUUGUUAAGAGCUGCAUCUUGUAGCUGUGGACCGUCUCAUGGAAUGGCCUCUGGUCACAGGUGAUUUUGUCCUUCCCUCAGGACCUUGGUCUUGGCUGACUGAAGUCGCACAGGGCUGGGACACCUGGUUUUCUAUGUGAUGUUUACAGCUAGAGGCUACUCUGGAUGCUAUGCUUGGUAGUUAGGCCAUGACCACCCUGUGGGCCAGUGUAGGAUGGCCAAGGCCAGAUCCAGAUGUCCUGCAGGGCUCUUUGAAGUGGUUGCUGACAGAUGCCCUGUCACGGCCCUUGACACUGGGCUUUGGGCUUCGGGCCUUGGGGAUAAAUGUUGGGAAGGUCGGGGGAAGCACAGUGCACAUGGUUGGUGCUUCUCAUGCAGAGACUUUCCUCACUCACCGGGACUAUGAUGAACUUGGCUACAUGUUUCCUGGGCACCUUGGCCUCCAUGUAAUCAUGGUGGGUGUAGAUGUAGCUGCUGGCUUUUCACAGAGUGCCUCACCUUCACUCCUGGAACCUGGCACAGUUCAGCUUAGUGGCCAUAGGGGCCUCUAUCAUGACUUCUGGGAGGAGCAGGUAGAGUCUGGGCAGAUAGCCCAUCCAGACUUGGUGGUGGCAUUCCAUCCAGCUAAGAGUUUCCAUGCUUCCCCGGACCUGAUGGAGGCUUGGCUGCCCACCCUUUUGCUACUUCGUGAUUAUGAGAUCCCUAUGAUGAUUACUGUUUACAGCCAGCAGGAGUUGGCAGCCUCUUUGCAGAUUCUGGUGGACCUGGAUACACACAUCACAGCCUGUGGAGCUAAUCCUUUUGCGUCCCUCAAACCUGAACAGAUCUACUCCAACCCCAACAAGCAGCCAGUAUUCUGCAGUGCCUACUAUAUCAUGUUUCUUGGAAGCUCCUGCCAGCUGGAUAAGAGGCAAUUGGAAGAGAAAGUAAAUGGCAGGGUAUAA